AUGAGUCCGAAUUUGACUUGGGAAAGACCUAAAAACGUACCAAUACCUACAACGUGGUCUAAAUACGAAAGUAAUAAACCUAUGGCCAACGGAAUCAAACCAAAAUUUAUAAUACAAGAUUUUACAGAAGAAUGGAGAGAUCAAGUCAUUCAAAUCGUAACGGAUUUUUUUUUAAGGGAUGAACCUCUAUCGAAAAGCAUAAAUUUUAAAAAGAACAAUAACGACGUUCAAGCAUUUUUAAAAUACAUCCAUGAAUAUUUAAAUAAAAAAAUGGUAUUGAUCGCCAUCGUUGAAAAUUUAAACGAAUUAGGAGAUGGGAAUUUACCCCUAUUGGCAGGUUGUAACAUAACGGGUGUCAUAACAAAAGGUGAAAAAGAAGGUGAUGAUGAUGAUAAGAACGUAUCAGAACAAACGCGAAAAAUAUUUAAAAUUCUAGAAAAAAUAGAAGAAAUGAAUGAUCCUUAUAAAUAUUAUGGGGUUAAUGAAUUUUUAUAUGCGUUGGGGUUGACCGUUCAUCCUGCGUUCAGAGGACAUAAUUUAGGUCACGAAAUACUUAAAGCAAGAUUUCCGCUAUGUAAAGCAACGGGAAUAAAAUCAACGGUAACGGUUUUCACUGCUAUUGCAUCGCAAAUUGCCGCUACGAAAGCCGGAUUUGAAUUAUUGGCGGAAAUUGUUUACGAUGAUUAUAAAGAUGAAAAUGGUGAGGUCGUUUUUAAAAUCGAAUCCACUAAAACUGUUAAAUUAAUGGGAAAAAGAAUCGAAUGA